AUGCAUAAUUUUGUUUAUGUAGCCUUUCUUUUUUUCUUCUUGAUCAUACUUUUUCAAAUUCUCUUUUUUGAUUUUUCUCCCAUUUCAACUUCCUUCUCAUUUUCUAUCCCUCUUUAUUUUUGUCUGUCUCUCUCCAUUCCUUUCUGUUUUUCUCUUUGCUACUCUAUUACUCUUACUUUGCUUUUUUCAUCUUCCUUUUCCUUCACUUGUCUAUGUUUUUUCUUUUGGCUGUCUCCAUCCCUUACCGUCAUUUUCAUUCUCUGUAUUUUUUAUUUCAGUAUCUCUCUCUCUCUCUCCUUUUUUGUACUUCUGUGCUUACUGUUUACCUCUCCAGUGAUCAACCAUCUGUUUCCUCAUCUCAUUCCAUUAGUGUCCAUUCCAAUCAGGCUCAUCUGUAAUCUAGUUCUCUGUUGGUUGAAACCAACUAUCCCCAUACCUCAUUCCAACCUUCUGUUCUCUUUAUUUCUCAGCCCCCACCCACAACAAAAAAACAAUUACCUACCUCCUGCUCCUCCUAUCCUCUUCUUUUCAAAAGUAAAAGACACUUCAUCUGCUACAAAUGUAACUUUUCUUCUUAACUCCUUAUCAAUCCUUUUGCUGCUCUACUGA